AUGCGUAGACGGAGUACUGUUCAUGUCUGUAUUGUCGUCACAAGGUGGAAGCGUCGACGCGAGUCCCUGCGAUCCACUGGACGACAUGUUGGGCGAACCAGGCGACAGCGUCUAGGGGAUCUUCGAAUCGGCCAUUCUGAUGAAUGGCGAUCUGUAGGCAAACGCGGUCCCAGGAUCUGGCUGGAACGGGGCACUGUCGGCGAUGGCGAAACGUGGAAGAAGGCUUAG